UGGACAUAUUAAGUACUUAAAAUCAUAUUGUCUUGUCAGUAGUAAGAUGUGUAGUUAUGAAUACUACUACAAAAUUUUGUUUAUUGAUUGAUAUUUCUUUAAAAUUGUAUCAAUAUGAUAAAAAAUAACAACCAACCAACAACUAUUUCUUGUUGUAGAUUUUUUGGAUCUUGUAAAGUGCUGUCUUUAGUUGGUAGCCAUUUUGACAUAUGGUUCUUUUUCACAAUUAUGAAACAUCACCUAUUUGCGACCUUCAUGAAUGAACUAUAAUAAUGAUAAACAGUUAUUCAGAAACAAUUCCUUAUUGCAAUAUGUUCUCUGCACUGCAUUUGAAUGAGUGUAAUGCUAGAUGUUUUACUAAAUAUACUCUAACAUAGAAGUGUCAUUAAAAAAAAUUAUUCCAAGAAGUCUAUACUUUCAUUUAAAGCUGAAGAGUUUGUUUAAAAGUUUGUAAUCUCAGGAACCACUGGUCAGAUUUGAAAAGCUCUUUCAGUAUUAGGUAGUUCAUUUAUGAUGAUUAUGUCUAUUAUAGGUUAUGUUAGAUAAUGUACAACACGGGUAAACCUUCUGGGCACAGCUAGUAUAAUAUAUGAUGUAUUUGUAAUGAAGUUAAUAGCUUAACAAUAUUGAGUGUAUUAGUUGAUCAGUUGCAGAAUGGAUGUGCAUUGAUUUUAUAGAAUAUUUUACAGGAUUUUGACAAGCUGAGUUCAGAAUAUAAAAAAUUAGAAUUGAACUAUUCCUCAUUACUUAAAACUGCAAAGGCAGAAAUUGAAAGGAAAACCCAAAUGAUAACUGAUCUCAACAUAGAGAAAGAUAUGCUUGUAAUAAAAAGUCUUCAAACACAAGGGAGAGGAUUUUUUAACUCUAUCAGAAAUAUCCAUGCUGGAAGUAAUAUUCAGAAGUCUGCUGAUAACAAAAAAUCAAGAAGUAAGUCUCCAGUUAAAGUGGAUGGUAAAAAAGAAGAACAAGAAAAAAAGGUAGAAAGAACUAAAGAUUAUAAAGGUUCAAACAAAAUUAGUGAAACAAAAGAAAAUGUUUUGGAUGAUGAACCUAUAAAAAGAACAAGGAAAAUUAUGGAUAGAAGGAAAUCCGUGCCAGCUGUGAGCAAAAUUUUGGAGGAUAAAAAACUUGUAUGGAGUUCUGAAGAUGAAAAUGAUAAAUGUAAUCCAUUAAGGCACCCUAGACUUAGUAACAUUAACCAUUCAGAUAGGAAAAGUACCAGAACUUCUGAAACAUCCAGCAUGGAAGAUAGAUAUUCUUGUAAUAGUCAGACGUCAAAAGAUCUCCGAUAUAAGCGAAGAAGUACAAGGAUAAACGAUGACAAUUACGAAAGUCAUUUCAGAUCUGAACAAAAUCACAACAGAAGGUAUGGUAGCCCGGAAAGAAAUAUACGAAACAGAGCACUUGACAAUAAUUCUGGGCAGUAUAAAUACGACCGACGACGAAGCCCACCGUCUGAUAGAUAUAUGCGCAAUAAAAGUCGCGAUCGUCGCUCUAAUUACGACAAAGAUUCACGCUUUUAUGAUAAUCAUCCCAGGAAUAGUAGAAGUGAAAAUCAUGCAAUGAAACAUAAAUUACCUCACCACUUCCAUUUAGAAGAACCUAGCCACAAAAAAUUAAGAAUAGAUUCUUAUGGACAAUACCUUAGUGGAGAUCGGGAUCGUGGAGUUAACUACAAAGAACAUGUCGAUCCAUCUACAGCUCUUAUAUCUCCUGAUGAUCCAUAUAGGUCUUGUCAAUCACCUGAUCAUUUUAUACCUGAGUCUAAUGAUUAUUACAAAAUAAAAGAAAUAAUGCACACAGCUGCUACACCAUUAGAAGAUCCUAGGAUUUCAAGUAAGAAUUAUAUCUUAAAGACUGAAAAUAAUAAAGCUGUAUUAAAAACAACAUCUAGUCAAGAUAUUGAUAUUAGAAUGGUGGACAAAUCAUUAUGGAAUCUACCCAAAGUUAUUGUACCUGAUGCUUUGUUAGUUAAACCAUCAGUACAUAAUAUGAGUGAAGAAUUAGUAGAUGAAUUUUAUAUGAACAUUGAAAAUCUUGACUUGGACAUGUCUCUGGAAUCUGGAGAGAUAGGAAGCACAGAUCAUGAAAAGGAAUACGAAAAUAUUAUUGUUAAAGAGAGACAUAAAAGCAAACAACCGGAUGACCAGAUUUUACAUUCUUAUUUGGAUAAACCAAAGAAUGUUAUUAAUAAAUAUAAAAUACCUAAACAAAAAGUUAGAAAAAAUGAAGAAAAUGAAGAAAAACUGUCACAAAGUGAAGGAAAAAAGGAAAUAAAAAAAGUUGAUGAAUUACAAGAUAUGAUUUUAGUAAAUACAAAAAAUCUUCAUUCAGAUGACAAAAUAUGUUCACAAGAAAUUACUACCGCAAAACCCAUAACAGAUCAAAGUAAUUCAAUUGAUACGGAGAAUCAAGUUAGCUCUCUAGGUACUGUAGAAAGAGAUUUAUUGCUAAGUGAUGAUGAAAACAUGGAUUUACCAAAGCAAAAAACUUCAGAUGAGUAUAAAACUGAUAGUAGUGAAAAAAACACAAAGCAAAAUUUAGUUGCUAAUGUGUCAAGUGGCGAAUUGAAAGAUAAAAUAGGGAAUUUAAAGCAGGAUAAAGAUAUGAAUAAAUCUACAAAAAGAGAUAAAUUUCGUGAGAAAACCUCGAAGAAAAAAACAGUAAAAGAUGAAACAUAUCAAGAAUCCAAGAACGAAGUGAGUAAUUCAAAACAGGAAAAUGAAGUUGACAUGUUACCACAAAGCAAUAAAGACAAGAGUUGUGAUAAUAAUACUAAGAAGAGUACAAAAGAUCCUGUUUCUAAUGAAGAAUCUAAGGUAAAAGUUAGUAACAAUAAGCAAGAAGCGGAUGAGUGUAUCAAAAGUAAAAUAGAUAAAUUUAAUGAAAACAACUCGAACAAAAACACAUUAGGUCCUGUACCAUGCGAGGAAGCUAAUAACAAAGUUAGUAAUGUAAAGCAAGAGAAAGAGACUGAUAAAUGUAUAAAACUUAAAAAAGAUAAGUUAAGUGACAUCAAGACACACAACAACACAGAAGUGAAUAUAUCACAUGAGGAAUCCAAGGUGAAAGUUGGUAACUUAAAAGAAGGGAAAAAUGUUGAAAAGACCCCAAAAACUACAGAAGAUAAUUCUAGUAAUACGUUAUCACCGAAAACUAUUGCUGAUCGUGUCUCAUGUCAAGAAAUCAAAGACAAGAUAAUAAAUCAGGAAAAAGAAGUGGAUGACACAGUAAAAUCUAAACAAGAAAAGUGUAAUGAAAAGAACACAAAGAAAAUAACAAUUGAUACUGUAUCUUGUGACGUGUUGAAGGCUGAGGUUGGCAAUUUAAAUCAGGAGAAAGAAAGAAAGAGGUCUACAAAAACUAAAAAAGAUAGUGAUACAACUACAAAAGAACCAAGAAGUAAAAAGAGCAAAAAGAAACUAGAGGCAAAAUCUGCUGAGCAGAAUAAUGAUACUGUUACCAAAAGAUCUAAAAGUAGAAAUGAAAAAGAAGAUAAAACUGAAGAGAUUAAAACCAAAUUUAGUGACUUAUUCGGUGAAAGUAAUAGUUUAAUUAUGCCUGAAGAUUUAGGAAUUACAGCCACAACUACAGCUGUGGUAAAGCACACAAACGCAUUUGAAUCUAUUUUCGAUGAUACUCAAAGUGCAGUAGAUAUGCAAUUAGAACAAAAAGAGGAUAAGGAAAAAGCACUGGAAAAUGUACAAAAUGUAGAAAUGGGUCAUAAACAAAACAUAAUGGAUAUUAAUAGCUUAAAAAUGGAUUUCAAUGACGAUGUUAAUUCAAUUGAUGUUAAAAAAGAUGAUAAUGAACCAGAAGAUAAGCGGAAUCAUGAUAAAGAAUUAAAUAUCGAUAAUGAUAAUUUGUAUGAAAAUCUUAACCCUGAAGUAUCAAUGGAUGGAUCAAAUGUUGUUAUUAUAUCUACAGGUGUUCAACCUGAUUGUGUAGAGGACACAGUAGUCAACAGUAACCAUAUUACAGAAGACAAUAAACAAUUACCACCAAAAGGUUACUCUGUACCUGUUUUAAAAGCUUUGGCAACAUCAACACCCUUAAAGCUUAGCAUUGAAGCAUCGAUACAUAACAGUGAUCACACUGCAAAGAAUGCGACAAGUCAGGAUUCAAAUAUAGAUUCGUCAAACAGCUCGAGGACUGUUGAAAUAGCAAAUGACCAGGAUCUUCCUGAUGUCAGAAUAUUUGUCAAGAGACGAAGGAAAGUGAAGAAAUAGGCAAUAUUCAGAUUUAAUUUAUAUUUAUUUAUUAGAAUAUUAGUUAAUACAUAAUGUAUUAAAUUGAGUUAUUUUAUAACUUAAUAUUUUUGUCAGCAGGUAAUAGUAAUAGAACUUGAUUUUUGUAUAUAAUUUUUUAUAUAAAAAUAAUUGAUAUGGAACUGGAAAGUGUUUGUAAAUAUUAUGGAUAUAUUGAUGUUAAUUUAAGUAGUUCUGCUCCAGUGUUUAAUUUAUUAUAUAAGUGUUCGUAAGUAUUCUAGGUAGCAAUAUCCAGCAUAACUAGCCAGCUGUCACAUGACAAUCUAGAUUUUAAGGAUUGUUGCUGCAUCAUUUAUAAAUAAGAUUUACAUAUUGAAAAGGUACAAAAAUAAAAGUAUA